UCCGUCCAUCGAGUAACGAGGUCAACGCGGCCUUGUUACAGGCAGUGUGUUAGGCUCAGAGGUCAGAGGUCAUGUCGUCUGCCGUCGAGAGGACGGACGAGCUGGUCAGGGAGUACCUGACGUACCGCGGCUUCAGCUCCGCCCUAAGACACCUGGACACGGAGAUCAAAGCGGACCGCGAGCGAGGCCUCAGGGUGGAUCGUAUCGUGGAGCAACUGCUCCAGCUGGUCUUGACCUUUGACCUGUCAGCUCUGCGUGACUACUGGGGUCACCUGGAGCGCCGCCUGUUCUCCCGCCUGCAGGAGGGCUACGCGCCUGCCGUCGCUAAGCUAACCACUAGCCUGUACCGCUACUAUGUUGUCAACGCCAUACAGAAAGGGAACCAGGAAAGGACCCAGGAGUUUUUUCAGCGAAUGGGGGCGGAGCUUCAGGGGGCCGCGGAGUGGCGUGAUUGGUUCGCUCUCCCCUUCAUCUUUGCGCCUGAGCAGAACCCCACCUUCGCGCUGUACUUUUCCCGCCAGUGGACUGACACCUUCCUGGUGUCCCUGCACAACUUCCUGUCCGCACUAUUCCAGUGCAUGCCCCAGCCAGCGCUGCUGAGCUUCGACGCCGAGCUACAGCACACCACCAUGCUAGCAGAGGAAAAUCAGCAGCUACGACAGAUGUUGUUUGCGCAGCAGAGCUCGGGCCGUGCGGCCGUCCAGGAUCCCCAGGGGGCGAUGGAGAGCCGGGUCCAACACAAGCUGCCGCCCUACGUCCAGCACAUGGACCGCCUCGGAGACAGCGAGCUGUGA